UUUUAUAAACUUUGUUUCAUUUUUUAUAUGUAGCUGGCAAAGACACAACACUCUUCAGUUUUAUUAAACUGCUAAACACACCCUCUUGCUCUGUUCUAAAAGUCGGUGAUUAAUCACGAGCAAUCACCGAUUAAUCCAUGUUUCGUAACUCGUUGAACUGAUUAAAUAUCCGAUUAAUCCGAUCAAUCCAGUUAAUUUUAUCCCGUGACUUUACCGAUUAAGUCUGAUCCUGUUUUUUACAACAUUGUUCUCUUGUAGUAGAACAGAACCAAAAAUCUGCCAAGAUACAGCUGUUGAGUUGUUGUUACUUUCAUUCUUGUACUUCGCUUCCUUAAGCUUAGAAGCUUCAUUUUUCUUGGGAAUUAUGUUCAUGUGUUGAGAAUAGUUGUUUGUGAAAAUGGAAGCAAGUGCUGGCCUAGUAGCUGGCUCACACAACCGUAAUGAGCUUGUGAUCAUACGCCACGAUGAGGCUGAAGCUGCUAGGAAGGCGUUGAGGGGAAAAGUUGGCAGGCUGAGGAUCUGUCAAAUUUGUGGUGAUGAUGUGGGCUUGAGUGCUGCUGGGGAGUUAUUUGUGGCUUGUAAUGAAUGUGCCUUCCCGGUUUGCAGGACUUGCUAUGAGUAUGAACGUCGUGAAGGCAAUCAAAUUUGUCCUCAGUGCAAAACGCGCUAUAAACGGCUCAAGGGGUGUGCAAGAGUUAAAGGGGAUGAAGAAGAAGAUGAUAUUGAUGAUGUAGACAAUGAAUUCAAUUUUUAUGAAGGUGAGGGGGAGGACUCGUAUCAUGCUCUUACUGAGCCUGGAUUUUGCCAGGGUCAUGGACUCGAGUUGAGCUAUGGAACCUCUAAUGAACCAGAUGUAUAUAGUCCACCAAUUGAAUUUCCUCUUCUAACUAAUGGUCAAAUGGUUGAUGAUAUUCCUCCGGACCAAACUGCUUUAGUUCCAUCACAUAUUGAAAAUGGAGGCAGAAGGAUUCAGCCGCUUCCUUUCUCAGAACAUAGCACUCUAGUGCGGCCUAGACCAAUGGAUCCUUCUAAAGACUUGGCUGCCUACGGAUAUGGUAGUAUUGCUUGGAAAGAGAGGAUGGAGAGUUGGAAACAGAAGCAGCUACAAUUAAUGAACAGUGAAAAUGGUGGUGGAGAUUGGGACAAUGAUAAGGAUGGACCUGAUUUGCCAUUGACAGAUGAGGCACGACAGCCUCUCUCAAGAAAGAUGCCAAUUUCUUCAAGCCAAAUUAAUCCUUACCGGAUGAUAAUCAUUGUUCGACUUGUUGUUGCUGGUUUUUUUUUCCAUUACCGUGUCACACAUCCUGUAAAGGAUGCUUAUGCUUUAUGGCUUGUAUCAGUAAUUUGUGAAAUUUGGUUUGCUGUUUCAUGGAUCCUCGAUCAGUUCCCCAAGUGGCUCCCUAUUGAAAGGGAAACAUAUCUAGAUAGAUUAUCCUUGAGAUAUGAGAAAGAAGGCCAGCCCUCUCAACUAUCACCAGUUGAUUUAUUUGUGAGUACGGUUGAUCCACUAAAAGAACCUCCUUUAGUGACUGCAAAUACAGUUCUCUCCAUUUUGGCGGUGGAUUAUCCUGUUGGUAAAGUCUCAUGUUAUGUAUCGGAUGAUGGUGCUGCCAUGUUGACAUUUGAGGCACUGACAGAAACAGCUGAAUUCGCAAAGAAGUGGGUGCCCUUUUGCAAGAAGUUCAGCAUUGAGCCUCGUGCACCAGAAUUUUAUUUUUCUCAAAAGAUUGAUUAUCUGAAAGAUAAGGUCUUGGCAUCUUUUGUGAGGGAACGAAGAGCAAUGAAGAGAGAGUAUGAGGAGUUCAAAAUUAGGAUUAAUUCCUUGGUGGCAAAGGCACAAAAGGUUCCAGAGGAAGGUUGGACAAUGCAAGACGGGACACCGUGGCCAGGGAAUAACGUCCGAGAUCAUCCUGGGAUGAUUCAAGUUUUUCUUGGCCAAAAUGGAGGGCUUGACACGGACGGAAAUGAAUUGCCUCAGUUGGUAUACGUCUCCAGAGAAAAGAGGCCUGGAUUUACUCAUCACAAAAAGGCUGGUGCAAUGAAUGCCUUGGUAAGAGUCUCUGCUGUGCUAACCAAUGCUCCUUAUAUAUUGAAUCUGGAUUGCGAUCACUACAUCAAUAACAGUAAGGCAAUUAGAGAGUCGAUGUGCUUCUUGAUGGAUCCCUUAAUUGGAAAGAGAGUGUGCUAUGUUCAGUUCCCACAGAGGUUUGACGGAAUUGACAAGAAUGACAGAUAUGCAAAUAGGAACACAGUGUUCUUUGAUAUUAAUAUGAAAGGGUUGGAUGGCAUUCAAGGACCAAUUUAUGUGGGGACAGGGUGUGUCUUCAGGCGGCAGGCACUCUAUGGUUUUGAUGCUCCCAAGACAAAGAAAGCACCAUUAAGGACAUGUAACUGCUUGCCAAAGUGGACUUACUGUGGAUGUUGUUGCUCUGGAAGGAAGAAAAAGAAGUCUACCAAGCUAAAGUUGGACAAGCUCAAGCAUCCCGGGAAGGAUGACGAGGCACAUGAAGGAGUUAAGGAGGGAAAUGAAGUAACUUUGUACUCUGGGGAUAAAGAGGAAACCAUGCCUAUGAAAACUGAGAAUGAAUUGGAAAAGAAGUUUGGGCAGUCCCCUGUAUUUGUGGCAUCCACAUUGAUAGAAAACGGUGGUACAAUAACGACUGCUAGCCCAGCCUCUUUACUCAAAGAAUCAAUCCAUGUAAUUAGCUGUGGUUAUGAAGAUAAAACAGAAUGGGGAAAGGAGAUUGGAUGGAUUUAUGGAUCAGUUACGGAGGAUAUUUUGACUGGCUUUAAAAUGCAUUGUCAUGGAUGGCGAUCUAUAUAUUGUAUACCAGCAAGGCCUGCAUUUAAGGGAUCAGCACCAAUAAAUCUUUCUGAUCGCCUGCACCAGGUCCUUCGAUGGGCCCUUGGUUCAAUAGAAAUCUUCUUCAGUAAGCACUGCCCUAUCUGGUAUGGUUAUGGUGGUGGUCUGAAAUGGUUGGAGCGCUUGUCAUACAUAAACGCGACAGUAUAUCCCUGGACUUCUAUUCCACUUCUAGCAUAUUGUACUUUACCAGCAGUGUGCUUGAUUACAGGAAAAUUUAUCACUCCUGAGCUAAGUAAUUCUGCAAGCAUGUGGUUUAUGUCACUUUUCAUAAGUAUUUUUGCAACAAGUAUCCUGGAGAUGAGAUGGAGUGGAGUCGGUCUUGAUGAGUGGUGGAGAAACGAACAAUUUUGGGUAAUUGGAGGCGUGUCAGCCCAUCUAUUCGCGGUUUUACAGGGACUGCUAAAAGUGAUAGCCGGAGUUGAUACAAAUUUCACUGUUACAUCAAAAGGUGGCGAGGACGAGGAAUUUUCUGAACUCUACGAAUUCAAGUGGACAACUCUGCUUAUUCCGCCAACCACCCUCUUGCUCAUAAACCUCAUAGGAGUGGUAGCUGGUGUCUCUAGUGCAAUCAAUAAUGGUUUCGAGACAUGGGGUCCUCUGUUUGGAAAGCUCUUCUUUGCCUUGUGGGUGAUAGUUCAUCUUUAUCCUUUCUUGAAAGGUCUACUAGGUCGGCAGAAUAGAACUCCCACCAUCAUUAUCGUGUGGUCGAUUCUGCUAGCUUCAAUAUUUUCACUUCUGUGGGUUCGAAUUGAUCCGUUUUUGGGCAAGUCGAGUGGUCCGCUGCUAGAGGAAUGCGGACUGGACUGUGACUGACCACUGGAAGAUCCCAUGUCAACGUUGUUAUUUGAAAGGAGUGGAGAAAACUCAGAAGACCUUAGGUUAUUUUGAUGAAGCAGAGUAGCCUGAAGACAAAUUUUGAUGUUCCUUAGUUCUCAAUGUAAAAUUUUAUGAGAGUCUUUUGGCUUUUGAGCCUCUAAGCUAUGUCAUACAAUUUUUUGCUUAAUUAACAGACUUGAAAAGCCUAGAAUUCAAAAUAGUCAGAGAUGCCAUAUUUUGUAUUGCCUGUCUUCAUCAAUAUUACUCGUUUUCUGUAUUUGUUUUU